AUGAACUUUACCCAGGACAUUUUAAACAGAAACAUUGUUGCCUCUGCCAGGAGCCUGAAACGUGACCGGAAACCCACAGUGAUGGAGGAUGGCGGUGAUAUAAUCUUUAAGGGCUUUGAGAAUGGCACGGUAAAGCUGAAGCCGGUUGGCUCGUGCACCGACUGCCCCAGCUCCACUGUCACCCUGAAGAAUGGCAUCCAGAACAUGCUGCAGUUAUAUAUCCCGGAGGUGGAUGACGUGGAACAGGUGGAAGAUGAAGUGGAUCAUGUCAACGCAAACGUUUUCACCGAGUUGGAACGCAAGUUUGGAGACAUAAAACUGUCGGCCCCCAUGCCUAUAGAUAAACAGCCUGUUGUAUCGAUGUCAUGCAAACCAGGUAGACACGGCAUGAUGAGAGAAUAAUAUUCAGCAUUGCAAUUUCAAAAUAGCUAGAAGUGUUCUGUGCGCUGUUGUCUAUUAGUGUGGCGAGAAAAUUACUGUUAUUGAUUCUACAUAAAUAUUUUCAGUGCACAGUAAUUGGCCGUAAUUUUGUAGGACUAACCUUGCUUCUGAAUAAAAAAAAUGUAGUUCACCGCACUGAAGAACUGGAAGUUGUCAUCCCACUAAUCUAGCAAAAACAAGGAUUACAAAAUGGAAGUAUAUGCUCUAAAAGGAAUUCUCCGAUAUCAUAGCGGUCUGCAAACAAUCGCUUGUGCUGGAAUAUAUGAUCAAUCAUGAUCUGACCAAUUCAGUAUUACCAUUAAAAUAAAUCCAAAUAAAUACCUUAACUUCUAUCACACCCUUCCCCUCCCCCCAACCCCCCUGAUCUAUAUCAUGCUGAAACACUCCACCCUUAGGAUUGUUCAGCAUGUCAACAACCAUUUCAACAUUAACAUCUCAUACCCCCAAUAUCUCUUUUGCGGUCUGGACAAGAACCUUCAACCUGGCAUUUCUGCUUUCCACAACCUGAGUCGUAUUGAUAACCUUACCAAUAAAAGCUAUGAAGUCAA